AUGCUACUCCAGCAUCGCAUUGCCAUGGCCCCUGUCAGCCGUUACCGUGCAGAUGAAGACCACAUCCCAACUCCCAUGAUGCAAGAGUACUACGGCCAGCGCGCAAAGGUCCCUGGUACACUCAUCAUUGGAGAGAGUACAUUUAUCUCUCCAGAACAGGGUGGGUACGCGAAUGCUCCAGGAAUAUAUAAUGAGAAGCAGGUCGAAGCUUGGCGCAAGGUCACAGAUGAAGUGCACAUGCAUGGGAGUUAUAUCGUCGCCCAGCUACUGGCAGUUGGUCGCUCAGCUGACAUAAAUAUUGCAGCUCGUGAGGGCAUUACAAUCACAAGCUCGAGUUCUAUCAGGCAGGAUGAUGAUCACGCAGUCCCAGUUUCGCUUAGCGUGCCACAAAUCCAGGAGACUAUACGUUCUUAUGUCUCUGCAGCCGAGAAUGCGAUUCGAGCGGGAUUUGAUGCCGUUGAGAUUCACGGAGGUUAUGGAUACUUGAUUGAUCAGUUCCUUCAAGAUACAGCCAACCAGCGAACGGAUGAAUACGGUGGUAGUAUUGAGAAUCGGUCACGAUUUGCAAUUGAAGUUGUCUCCGCUGUAGUGGAGGCAAUUGGAGCGGAGAGGACUGCUCUGCGAUUAAGCCCCUGGAGUAGAGUUGCUGGAAUGGGCAUGGCGGAUCCAGUCCCGCAGUUCUCUCAUGUAAUACGGAAAAUCAAUGCCCUUGGGCCACUUGCUUACUUGCAUCUAAUCGAGCCUGUGGUCCACGGUUUUGAAGACAUUGAGGCACCGAACAUGGAAAAUCUGGAUUUUGCUUGUGCAUUGUGGGAAGGCCCAAUUCUACUAGCUGGUGGCUAUAAGGCGCAGUCGGCGAGAGAGCUUUUGGACGAGAAGCGGAACGGGCAAAACGUUAUAGUUGUAUUUGGGCGAUAUUUCAUCUCUAAUCCAGAUCUGCCCUUUCGGCUGCGACGGGGCCUGGACUUUACAAAUUACAAGCGAGAGUCCUUUUAUACGCCGAUGGCUCGUGAAGGGUAUACAGACUAUUCAUUCAGUCCCGAAUUUAUCCAGACUUCGACGGGACAACUAUGA